AUGACUUUUAUUUCAGAGUUAUUUUUAGAUUUUUUUUAUAAAUAUAUUAAAUUUAUAUUUAUAUGUUAUAUUACUCGUGUAAUUGUAAUUGCUAUAAAUAUAAAUUUAAAUUUUUUAAGUGAGAUAUAUUUUUAUAUUAUUGAUUGUAUACAUGAAUUUCUGGAAGCUGAUUGUCCUCAGACAAAUUUUAAUAAUAAUUUGGAACCAUUUAAUAAUAUUAUAUAUGGAAGAAAGUUUUUUAAGUUAACACACUUAAAGAAAGAUCGUGAAGAUACUUUUUUAGAUAUUAAAAUAUUAAAUAAUGACACUAUAAAUUGUAAUUAUGUUUUUGAUAUUGGAAAUAAUUUAUUAAUUUCUGGUUUUGAAGCAAUUAUAGAAGAUGAUGUAAUAACAGCCCUGGAACAUCAUCCAGAUUAUAUAAAAUAUCAAUUCGCAUUUAAUCCCAAUAACCUUAAAGGAAUAUUACAGAAAACGAUUGCAUACAUCAUUAAAAUAUACAGAUUAAUAUUUUUAAUGCCAAUUCGAGUACUACUUAUUUUAACAUCAGUCAUUUCUUUUAUUUUGGCGUGGAUUUAUGAUAAAUAUUAUAAAUUAUCUAUUUGUGGAAGAAAAUUUAUGGGACAAUUUGGUUGUAAUCUUAUACUAGCUUCAUUUGGAGCAUAUGUAAAUUUUCAUAAUAAAGAAAAUAAACCAAUUUCACCAGGUUUUAUAACAGUUAAUCAUAUGUCACCAACAGAUGCCUUUCCAUUAUAUAUUGAUACUGAUUUAUCAGAUGAUAAUAUUUUUCAUAUAACUGGCCAAAAAGGAAAAGGUACAAUAAAACUUUUUCAAAUGAUUGUUGGUAGUAUACUUCCAACAUACUGGGUUAAUCGUCAUAGUCAAUCAGAAAGAAAAACUUUUUUAAGUAAAAUUUUAAAAAUAGCAAAAAAUGAAGGUUUAAUUGUACUAUUUCCAGAGGGAUACUGUUCAAAUGGUAGAAAAUUAUUACAAUUUAGAAAAUCAAUUUUUGUUGAUAAUGUUAAUGUAUAUCCAAUUGCUUAUAAACAAACUUCAAAGUAUAAUGAUACAUUUUGGUGGGAGGAUGAUUUUCCUACAUUUUUUAUUCGUCAACUAACAUCUCUUGGAAUAUUUUAUGAUAUUUAUUAUUUACCAAAACUUGUCAAAAAGUCAAAUGAAAGUGAGGAAGAAUUUGCCUACAGAACAUCUGAAACAAUAGCUAAAAAGUUAGAGACAACCUCAUUACCAUGGAGUGGUGAACAUGUUUACAAGAAAGAAAUAAAAGAAAAAGUUAAAAAUGAUAUACAAAAAAUAAUUUUUAGUGCCUGUAAACAUAUAUAUAAUUUAAAGUAA